AUCAAGCAUAUAUUCUACAUUGGGCAUGAAAAACAAAAUUUCAUCACAGAUACCGAGACCAUGUGCAGUGUUCAAGAAGGCGAGGAAAUCUCUCCUGUUCGGAGAGAAAAAAUAGUGGAGGAAAGAACUUGUAUGAAGUGUGAGAAGAAGGCAGUUUUAGUGACUCGAGUCAACGAUGCUUUCUGCAGGGAGUGUUUUAUGGUGUACGUGACCCAUAAAUUCCGGGCGGCCAUCGGGAAGUCAAAGCUGAUCCGCGAUGGGGAGAGGGUGCUUGUGGGCGUGUCCGGGGGGCAGGCCUCCAGUUGUCUUCUACACCUGAUCCAGGAGGGACUAAGUGGUCGUGCACAUAAGAAGUUAAGAUUCCAACCUGGACUUGUCUUUAUUGAUGAGGGUGUGACAGUGGGUAUGUCAGCUGAGGAGAGACUGACAACAUGUACUCAGGUGUUAGAGAUCAUGGAAAAAACGGGAUUCCCCUGCUACCUCAAGGCUCUGGAACAAGCUAUGGAGUUGGACAGAGAGAAUGCUUCAAACUCGCCACAGUUAUCUGCAGUCACAACAGAAACAAAGGAAAUGGAUACAACCUCAGAGACUUCUGGUAAAACUACGGAAAAUAUGACUAAAUUCCACAAGUAUGACGAGGCAGAGGAGAAGCUUAAAGGCCUUCUAAACUCCCUGAAGUCUGUCACUGCUAAAGAGGACCUUAUCAAGUGUCUCAGACAGAACAUUCUGAUUGACCUUGCUCGUAAGAAAGGUUACUCCAAGGUCAUGUUGGGUCACUGCAGCACCAGACUGGCUGUCCAUCUCCUGACUGACAUAGCUCAGGGCAGGGGGGCACAUGUCGCCAUGGAUACAGCAUUUGCGGAUACAAGAUGCAGUGACAUCACCAUUGUUAGGCCAAUCAGAGACUUCAGCAGUAAAGAGGUCACAAUGUACAACAUCCUGAACAACGUACCCAAUGUUUUUAUUCCGACAAUUACUACCAAGGCCCCUGACAGUAUAAGUAUAGAGCACCUUACAGAGAAGUUUGUGACAGGGCUGCAGGCAGACUAUCCCUCAACAACCAGCAACAUAACGAGGACUGGUGAAAAGUUGCACACGGAAAAGAAAAAGGACACAGAGAGUCAGUGCGCUGUUUGUCAGGCACCCCUGGACACAGAUGUGCCUCCAUCAUCAGCCCUCAGUGCUGUCCAGUUCUCGGAGACUGUGUCGCGUUGUAGUAGUGUGACUCUGUCUAUCUGUAACAGUGAUAAAGAGUGUUGUGGGCGGGGUGAUGGGAGUUGUCAAUCAACAGAUCUAAAGUUAACAAGAGAGGAGGUGAUAUCAGCCUUGUGUUAUGCUUGCAGACUCUUGAUAAAAGAAUUGGAUGAUGUGAACAGGUUGCCUAAGCAUAUCCUUGAUGACAUUAGAAAGAGACAAAGAAGGGUAAAGAUGAAGACAGAAAUCCAGGAUUUCCUACUGGACACAGAGGAUCAAAAUUAGAAUAAUACAGAUUUUUAAGAAUAUUUUUCUGUUGUACAGAAGAGUAAAGUAUUGACUAAUUUUAUGAAUAUUUAAAAUAAAAGAAAUGUACAUGUGAU